GUCUACUGUAGGCGGGCGGAUGAUGGGAUGGAUGUGUGUAAAGCCCUCUUUAUAAAGGGCCGCAAUCUUCGCAAUCAGUUGGAGCACGAGAUGGGUGAUAAGGGCGAGGGCGGAGUGGAUGCCAGCGGAGAUAAAUGCGGCGAUGACACUGGCGAUAGCAACAGAAGCAGCAGCAACAACAACAACAACAACAACAACAACAACAACGACGACUACAACAACAACAUCAACAACAUCAACAACAACUGCGGCGAUGCAGGGGGUGGCAACAACAACAACAACAACAAUUACAACAACAAUAAUGAUGAUGGUGGUCGUGACAACGAUGGUGGCGGCAACGAUCACGGCAGCAGCAGCAACAACAACAACCAUAACAUUCACGACAGCGGCAGCAGCAGGGUUGAGAGCGGGGUUGGGGAUGACAUCAACAACAACAGCGAUGAUGCCGAUAGUGUUGACGACGGAGGCAGCGAUGACCACGGCAGCAGCGGGGCUGAAAGCCUUAGCACGACGGGUGUGAUGCCGCAUGCUGAAGUGGAGGGGAUUGGGAUUGAUGUGGAUAUGAGGUUUGCCAUCUCCCCCUCCCUUCCCCCUUUUAACCUCGUCGUCUGGUUGAGGAUAGGAGUGGGAUGAUUGUUGUUGAGUGUAUUGCCAAUUGAUGUUGAUUGGUGUUGUCCGGCCCGCAAUACCAAUCAACAAUGGAGUGCUGA